UUUCGAAACGAAUAGUGUAAUUAAUUGGAGCAACAAUUGCAGUAAAAUGCAUGUCGCAAGUUUAGAAAUGAUACAGCCUCAUUUUGAACCGGCAUCCAUUGAUUACCAGCAACAACAAACGCACCACCAGCAGCAACAGCAGCAAAAGCAACAGGAACAACAGCACCAACAUACAGCACAGCAACAGCAACAACAGCAGCAACAGCGCCAACAGCAGCAGCAACAGCAACAGCAGCAGCAGAUUUCCAAAAUUAUCAGCAACCCUCCACCAGCAAUCGUUAGUGCCCCAAAUGGAACAACAAUGUGUGUUGCCAAACUUAUGAUUGGGCUCGAUCAUGCACCGCCAGCAUUUAAUGUGCGAUCGCGGGUGUUGGGUGAUGGAGGCACAAAUUUAAACUACAUUCGUACUGAAACUGGUGCUAUAGUCACACUAAGAGGUCGGGGAUCCAUGAAUCUUGAGCCGCAAACAAUGCAAGAAGCACCCGAACCCUUGCAUUUGUACAUUGAACAUCCGGCAUUGGACGGGUUGCAGAGUGCGAAACAGUUGGCGAAAAAUUUAAUCGAAACUUUGCAAGAGGAGCUUACCUUUUUCCAGGAGAACAAUAUUCCUAAGGCAAACUUUCAGCUUAUACCCCAGUCGAAUAUAGUGCAAACGACCCAAGUUCAGCAAAUGCCUCCGAUCUUAAGACCCCAACAUGUUACCCAGCCCAACGGUAUUAUUCAUCAACCGCCACCGACAGUGUUGGGGCCUCCGCCACCCAGCUUUGUGCAGCAUCCGCCUGCGUUGCCCCAGAGUCAGCCCCCGCCACCCCAAAUAAUUCAGCAGGCGCCUACAAUAAUACAAUCACACGUGCCAGUACAAAUCCACCAGCAGCCGAAUAAUGUCGUAAUCUCACAAAUCCAGACCACAGCGCCUCCAUCGCAAAUUGCAAACGUAAGCAAUCCUCCGCCGGGGACGCAAAUACGUCCGCCUAUAGUACAGAUCAAAAACUCGCCCGCUGGAACCCACCUGUCCCAGCCGCCUCCAAGCAUACAGAUUCAACAGGCACCUGCCGAAGCGGCGCAGCAAAUCAUCGUGAAUCCGGCACCGCCAUACCAGGUACAAUACAUACAGCAAAAUCCAUCCAUUCAGACAAGCAGUGGACCCCAUCCAAGUGGACAGGUUACGAUUCAGCAUCUUAUUCAGCCGCAACCGCAACCUGUUCAGGGAAUUGUACAGACAACAAUACCUCCGCCACAGUUCGAUCACUUUCAGCGGCCACCACAAACCCAACAGAUCAUCACUGUGCAGGGUAGCACAGCGUUCAUGGUUCCGCCGCCGAACAUUAUUCAUCAGACGGCGCCUCAACCACAGAAUCAAAUCAUUUUUCAAACGCAGCAACCGAUUCUGACUCAUCAUCCACCGCCGGAACUGGCCCCUAUGGGACCACAAGCGCCAAUUAACCAGCCGACUGGAAUGCUCAUAAACGGCACAGAUGCGAAGAAGGUUGGUGGGCCUACAGAGCUGCAAAUAAAGCAGGAAUCGCUCAAGCUUGAUGAGGGUCCACCUCCCGGGACCAUAAUGCAGCAGAUUCCGACCAGCGGCCAACUAGCUAAAACAACUGUGAUUCCUGUAUCGUCAAUACCGGGCAUACCGAUCAGCCAGCCGCCACCGCCGAUCAUGUCUGUGCCUCCCCCGACAGUGCAACAUAUAGUCGGCAAUACGAUCAUUACGUCGCAACCGAAUGCGCCCAUCAGUCAUGGUGGGAUUCCGCAGCAAAUUUUUAGCCAAAUACCGGUAUCGAUUCAAUCCUUUGCUCCCGCUCCACCGCCCCAACAAAUGCAAGUCAGUGGGUCGCACUUUGUUGUCAGUGCUCCACAACCAUGGCCUGUGGUUACUGCCUCAGCCCCCGGACAACAAAUACAGCAAGUGCCGGUCAGCACGGUUCCGAGUAUACAAAUAACUACGCAACCCAUGCGAAAUCCGAAUGAAAUUCACAUCAUUAGCCAGCCCACGAUCAUCAGUGCUGCAGAGUACCGUCCGCCGGCAUCACAGCAGCAGCAAAUCAUAGCGACUAGUGCAUUUAACCCGCAAAUCCAACCUCCCCAAGGUGUCCAGGUGCAAUUUCACACAGUACCACCACCCACUCAACAAAUCAUCACCAGCUUAGCCAAUGCACAAACGCAACCUCCACCGCAAGCACCACAGUCGCAGCUCAUUGAAAACCAGCCAGUACCACCACAGCAUCAAAUUAUAAUCAAUGCUCCGAUUCCUCCGCAGCCACCUCCACCUCCCCCGUCUUUUACCACUGUACAAUAUUCUACCCAAGAAGCCCCAAAGCCUAAUGUGGAACAGUUACAGCAACGGCCACCGCCACAACCACAACCUCCACAGCAGCAAACGUCGCUUAGCAUAACCACACAAUCCCAAUCACACGCUAUAAUGCUGCGCCCUGGCCAAAAACGUAAAAUACCAGAUGACGACAUUAAUAAAAAUAUGCCACCCAAGAUAGGCAUGGGUUCAAUUUAUGGCGGCAAUAUGUGUAGGAUGAGUGGUGCCGGUAGAAACUUACCAGUGGGAAGCAAUGGAGGAAUCUUGACGGCAGCACAAGCCAAAUGCAUAAUGUCAUCGGUAUCGACUGGAACAGCAACCACGACGUCUACAUCGGGCGUCGGUUUAAUAUCGUCACAAAUAUCUGCUGAACAUUUAGUAGACUACAGAAGACAAAAAUAAACGCAGGAUCUCUAGCCAGCCCGGCUGAUUCGAUCCAGGACGGCAAUCAGACCAGUUCGACUGUUUUGGUG